GAUGGAAUUUCUCUAUCAAAACGGUCACCCCCGUCUUUCUCUGUCUCUGUGAGAGAACGGGUUCCUUUUUCUUUCUUCACAGUUCACAUCCCUCCCUCGCCCUUUUCUGUUUAUUUUGUUUUCGGGGGGUUUUUUUCCCCAUAGAGAGAGAGAGAGGGGGGGAGUGGAAUUGUUCCCUCGGAAGCCAUCCAACAGACCAUUCCAUUCCAUCCAUGGUCGAUGUCCUUCCCAGUCUUCCCACACUCCUCUUUUCCUCUUUCCUCUUAAAUUUUCUCAAGAAAACAAAGGAAAAUUGUUAGUGUUAGAGAAAUUGAGGGAAAUCGAGGGAAGAGGAAAACCUCAGAAAUCUGUUGGUUUUUUCUUUUUAUUUUUUGGGGGGGAGGGCGGGAGGGGAUCUGAUUAGUGGGGAUUUCUCGGUCGGGAUGGAUUUGGACAAUAUUGAGUGCGUUUCGUCAUCGGAUUUGGAUGAGGAUGAGAUCCACCACCACCAGCAACAGCACCAUGGUCUUCAUCCACAUCCUCACCAUCACUCCGAAUUUUCUUCCUCCAGGCCUCGCAAUGGCAACAACGUCAAUAGCAUUAACAUUGUGGGUCCCACGGUGAUUGCACCGGCCACCAGCGUCCACGAAUUGCUUGAAUGCCCUGUCUGUACCAAUUCCAUGUACCCACCAAUCCACCAGUGCCACAAUGGACACACUCUCUGCUCUACCUGUAAAACGAGGGUACAUAACCGGUGCCCCACUUGUAGACAAGAGCUUGGAGACAUUAGGUGUUUAGCCUUGGAGAAGGUGGCCGAGUCACUUGAGCUACCUUGCAAGUAUUACUCCUUGGGAUGCCCAGAAAUAUUUCCUUACUACAGCAAGCUGAAACAUGAGGCAAUGUGUAACUUCAGACCAUACAAUUGCCCGUAUGCCGGAUCAGAGUGCUCUGUUGCUGGGGAUAUCCCUUUCCUCGUUGCUCAUUUGAGGGAUGAUCACAAGGUGGACAUGCACACAGGAUGCACAUUCAACCAUCGUUACGUGAAGUCCAAUCCGCGGGAAGUAGAGAAUGCCACUUGGAUGCUCACAGUUUUUCAUUGUUUCGGUCAAUACUUCUGCCUUCACUUUGAAGCCUUCCAGCUUGGCAUGGCCCCUGUUUACAUGGCAUUCCUCCGUUUCAUGGGUGAUGAAAACGAGGCUCGGAACUAUACUUAUAGCCUUGAGGUUGGGGCAAAUGGCAGGAAACUCAUAUGGGAAGGUACACCACGAAGUAUCCGAGAUAGCCACCGGAAGGUCAGGGACAGCCAUGAUGGUCUCAUUAUCCAAAGAAACAUGGCUCUCUUCUUCUCUGGCGGGGAUAGAAAAGAGCUGAAGCUGAGAGUUACUGGAAGAAUAUGGAAGGAACAACAAAAUUCAGAUGCCGGCGCGUGCAUACCGAACCUCUGUAGCUGAGAAGAUGAUUUUGAAGGCAUCAAUUUUUCUGUUCGAGACGCAAUUGUGUUGCAACUGCUCCCAUUUUUCUGGUAUGUUGUAAUGGAUGAAAGUAUCAAAGGAGUCCUGGAAGGUUUUAGCUUCUUUCAAUUGUAUGAUAAGCUAUCUCUUCUUCCUUUACCACUUCCUUGUAAACAUGGUUGAAUUACCUGGCUCUAGACCAAGAAGACUACAAGUUGUAGUUGUGUCUUGUGAAUAUAAACUAGACACGCUAGGUAUUGAAGUUGUUUCCUGUUUUGAA